ACCCUGGAAACCAAGCUAAACACCUGCGGCUCUGCUUGUCGAGCCUCGCUAUCUUAAGACCGACGUCGCGUAGCGACACAUUGAGCUUUGCUUUGAUUUGUGAAGUUAGUUUUGAGCACUUACCUCCAUCAUGGUCGGCGAUUACUACCAGGCGCUGGAAAUAAACAGAAACGCCACAGACGCAGAUAUAAAAAAGGCAUAUCGACGUCUUGCAUUGAAGUUUCAUCCGAGCAGCAACAGAGAAACCGGAAGCACCGAGACAUUCUGUCAACUGGGUGAAGCCUACGACGUGUUGAGCGACCCUCGAAAAAAGGCGACCUACGACAAGUUUGGUGAGGAUGGUCUAACAGGUGGUAUCCCACCUGAGUUUGGCAGCAGUGGGGCCUGGUCAUCUAAGUAUGUCUACCAUGGGAAGCCAGAGAAAACAUUCAGAGAUUUCUUUGGAGGCGACAACCCGUUUGCAGACUUCUUUACAAACGAUACACCGCUUCAGUUCGGCGGCCUGCAACCAGCAUUGGUGAAGACACAAGGUCCUCACAUUGAGAGAGACCUUCCUUUGUCCCUGGAUGAUCUCUUCCACGGAUGCACAAAACACAUUAAGAUAUCUCGCAGGGUAAGAGCUAUUGUACGUGAGAUCACUAUGUUCUUUCAUCCCACAGCUUAUUCAUACAUUUUCCUUCCUUUUUUUGUCUGAUUUGUUUACGAGGUUAUGAAUGAGGAUGGAUGCACGUCCGGUAUCAAAGACAAGAUCCUGGUUAUAAAUGUGAAGCCUGGAUGGAAAGAAGGCACGAGAAUUAUUUUCCCUAAAGAGGGAGAUCAGGGACCAAACAGCAUCCCCGGAGAUAUUGUGUUCAUAGUGCGACAGACGAGUCAUCCCCUAUUUGUACGUCAACACAAUGACCUGAUCUACAAGGCUCAAGUCACUCUGCAGAUGGCCUUGACUGGGUUCUCUGUGGAUGUGCAGACACUAGAUGGCAAACUAAUUAGUAUUCCUGUCAAUGACAUUGUGCACCCUUCGUACCACAAAGUGGUGACUGGAGAGGGAAUGCCGCUGUCCCAGGAUCCCGACCAGAGGGGAAACCUCAUCAUUACUUUUGACAUCCAGUUUCCAAAGAAGCUCUCCGCCGACAGAAAGUAUCUGAUCAAACAAGCUCUCACUUUUACAUAGUGAACAGAUUCUAAUACAUGUGUUGCUAUCCUGUGACUCAUGUGGUCACGAGAAAGAGAGAGAGAAAGACGUAUCAACACCAUUUGUUUAACUUUGACACUUUGAAAUAUACACAAGGAGGCAACAAAACGUAAAUAAAUGUGUAAACAACA